CCCUUCAGUUCGUCUCCUUUCCUCUCUUCUCCUAAUUUGGCUCGCAAAGCUGAAAAAACGAAGGUUAAAAAAAACGAAAACACAAACAAAAAAGCGCCCUCCCUGCCUCUGUGUUUCUACGCCUUUUCUUCUCUUUCUCUGUGUACGUUUGUCUCCCUUUCUUCUUCUCCCCGUUCUCUCUCACGUGGUCUCGAUAUUCUCAGGUUAACAAAGCUCGGCCUAAUCUAGUCCUUGCUAUUCCCGAUAAACACCGACCGCCAUAACCAAAUCAUUCUCGUGUUUUCCUGUUCUUUCUAGGGUUCCCUGUUUUGCUCUUUUUUGAUUGUUCUUCUAGGGUUUCGUGAAGAGAGGACGUUAUUUGGCGAAUUUGAACCUGUCAGAAGAGAGUUGGUUGCAGAUGUUUGAAAGGUGGAGGUGAAUAAUUCUGCUUUGUUUUUUUGGGUUUAGUGAUCGCGACUGGAAUGCGAGAUCUCUUUUGGACGCCGAUGGUUUGUGGUAGUUUAAGACGGUCAGAUUGGUUUCCAAAUGCGAGGAUCGAGCGUAGACGUGAUGCCUAAUUGAGAUUCGUUGUGGAGAAGAGCUGGAACCGUGGUCUCGAAGAUGCCUUUCGCGAAGCUCGAUGACUCUCCCAUGUUCCGGAAGCAGAUACAAUCCAUGGAGGAAAAUGCUGAAUCAUUAAGGGAGAGAAGUUUAAAGUUUUACAAAGGAUGUCGAAAAUAUACUGAGGGACUUGGUGAGGGAUAUGACGGGGACAUUGCUUUUGCCAGUGCCCUAGAAACUUUCGGAGGAGGACACAAUGAUCCUAUUAGUGUGGCUUUUGGAGGCACUGUGAUGACCAAAUUCACCAUUGCCUUAAGAGAAAUUGGGACAUACAAAGAAGUACUUCGAUCCCAGGUUGAACACAUAUUGAAUGAUAGGUUACUGCAAUUUGUCAACAUUGAUUUGCUUGAGGUCAAGGAAGCAAGGAAGAGAUUUGACAAAGCAAGCCUUCUUUAUGACCAGGCUCGUGAGAAGUUUCUAUCACUAAAGAAAGGAACAAAAACUGAUGUAGCAAAUAUUUUGGAGGAGGAGCUUCAUAACUCAAGGUCUUCCUUCGAGCAUGCUCGCUUUAAUUUGGUCACUGCUCUUUCAAAUGUUGAAGCAAAAAAGAGAUUUGAAUUUCUGGAAGCAGUCAGUGGGACAAUGGAUGCUCAUCUUCGCUAUUUUAAACAGGGGUAUGAGUUGUUGCAUCAAAUGGAGCCAUACAUUAAUCAGGUGUUGACUUAUGCACAGCAAUCAAGAGAAAGGUCCAACUAUGAGCAGGCAGCUCUAAACGAAAGGAUGCAAGAAUACAAAAGACAGAUUGAUCGUGAGAGUAAGUGGUCUUCUAAUGGUUCUAAUGCAUCCCCCACUGGUGAUGGCAUACAAGCCAUCGGCAGAAGUUCACAUAAAAUGAUAGAGGCAGUUAUGCAAUCUGCUGCUAAAGGAAAGGUUCAAACCAUUCGACAAGGCUAUCUUUCAAAACGUUCUUCAAACUUGAGAGGUGAUUGGAAAAGACGAUUUUUUGUUCUUGACAGCCGAGGAAUGCUUUAUUAUUAUCGCAAACAGUGCAGCAAAGCAUCUGGGUCUGCCUCGCACCUUUCUGGUCAGCGGAACAGUUCUGAGCUUGGAUCUGGACUGCUGAGUCGUUGGCUCUCCUCUCACUAUCAUGGUGGAGUUCAUGAUGAGAAAUCUGUUGCUCAUCACACUGUCAACCUUCUUACAUCAACAAUCAAAGUUGAUGCUGACCAGUCAGAUCUACGGUUUUGCUUCAGGAUAAUUUCACCAACGAAGAAUUAUACAUUGCAGGCAGAGAGUGCUCUAGAUCAGAUGGACUGGAUUGAAAAGAUAACUGGAGUUAUUGCUUCAUUACUUAGUUCUCAGACUCCUGAAAGGUGUCUGACAGCUAGUCCCAUGGGAAGCGGUCAUCAUAGGUCAGCCAGUGAGAGUAGCUCCUUUGAAAGUGCUGACUUUGACAACAAUGCCAUUGAGGAAUAUACAUCUGAAAGGAUCCAUUCUACUGCACAUCAUGAACGACCAUUGAGAAAUGUGCAACACCAUCGGUUCUCUGUGAAAAUUCAGAAACCGAUUGACAUGCUGAGAAGAACAUGUGGGAAUGAUAAAUGCGCUGACUGUGGUGCCCCUGAACCUGACUGGGCUUCUCUAAAUCUUGGUGUUCUUGUUUGCAUUGAAUGUUCAGGGGUCCACCGCAAUCUUGGUGUUCACAUAUCAAAGGUAAGGUCUCUUACACUUGAUGUCAAAGCGUGGGAACCUUCUGUCAUAAGUUUGUUUCAGUCUCUGGGGAAUACCUUUGCCAACUCAGUGUGGGAGGAAUUGUUGCAGCCAAGAAGUGCCUUUCAGGUCGAUCUUACCCCGCCAGGCUUAUGCAAGUUGGAAAAACCAAAUCUGUUUCUCACGGGCAAACCUAGUCAUGCCGAUUCCAUUGCGAUAAAAGAGAAGUUCAUUCAUGCAAAGUAUGCAGAAAAGCGUUUUGUUCGCAAGCCAAAAGACAAUCAAUUUCAUCUUUCGGUGGCACAACAGAUCUUGGAGGGUGUUCGUGUCAAUGACAAGAAAGCUGUAUAUCGUCUCAUUGUCAAUCAUGAAGCAGAUAUGAACAUGGUGUAUGGGCAAGCAUCUUGCAGCUCUUCUCUAACACUUGCUAAAGUUAUGCUACUGCAAGAGCAGACAAGCAUCGACCACUGUUCUAGCUGCUCAACGGGAAAUUCACUGGACAGGUCCUCUACUAGCUCUUUGAACUUGGAAGGGACAAGUGUCCCUCAAACUUUGGAGGAUAUAGAUGGCUGUACCUUGCUUCACAUCGCUUGUGAAACUGCAGACAUUGGCAUGAUAGAACUUCUCUUACAGUAUGGUGCUAACAUAAAUUCAACUGAUUCAAGAGGUCAGACACCGCUCCACCGCUGUAUUCUUAGAGGCAAAGCUGCGUUUGCAAAAUUGCUCCUUACAAGGGGAGCUGAUGCAAAGGCUGUGAAUUGGGAAGGUAAAACUCCACUUGAGCUAGCAGUAGAGUCAAAAUUUGUUGAUAAUGAGGUCCUUGCUUUAUUAUCCGACUCAAAUGGAUAGUUUUUGAAAAGAGAUGUAUUUAAAUGCUAAUAACUAGGAAUUGGAGAAUGAAAUGGCAAAGUUUUCUGUAAAUUGUAUUUUUAUUAGCACAAAAGUUGGUCCUCCAUUGAAUAGUUCACCAGUGUUGCAAGAAAUAGAGAAAGGUGUUAGGUUUGUAGGUUGCUGUGCCUGCUGCAUUGGUCUUCAACAUAUGCAUCUAUAAAUGCCCCAAGUAUUGAAUGCGAGCUGUUUGAAGAUUUCUGGAAGGGUUCUAUGAGAUGAAACAUGGUUUGUUGAAUCAGUUUAGUUCGUUUUUGUGAUAGAGAUGCGAGUAUAGAUCAGGGCAUUGUGUGUUUGUACAUUGAUUCAUUUUAAUGAAUAUUUAUUAUCUGU